CUUUACAAAAGUUGCCCGGUGCCUUCUCUUUCAGUGAACGUCUGAUACAUUUCCUGUAGAAAGAGAAAGGAGCCAAAAUGAAGGAAAGUGUGGCAUCCACAGCUGUUUUCAUUUUGCUACUUUUUCUCAACACCAGUCUCCUGAAUGGACAAUCACCUCCUGGAAAACCUGAGAUCUUUAAAUGUCGUUCUCCUGAAAAGGAAACAUUCACCUGCUGGUGGAAACCUGGGGAAGACGGAGGACUUCCUACUAAUUACACGCUGAUGUACCACAAGGAAGGAGAGACAAUCACACACGAAUGUCCAGACUACAUAACCAGUGGCCCCAAUUCCUGUUACUUCAACAAGAAGCACACCUCCAUAUGGACAAUGUACAUCAUCACAAUAAAUGCCACAAACCAGAUGGGAAGCAGUUCCUCAGAUCCACGUUAUGUGGACGUGACUUACAUAGUUGAACCAGACCCUCCUGUGAACCUAACUUUGGAAUUAAAACAGCCAGAAGACAAAAAACCAUAUCUGUGGAUGAAAUGGUACCCACCCACCCUGGUUGACGUUAGAUCUGGUUGGCUCACACUCCAGUAUGAAAUUCGGUUAAAACCUGAGAAAGCAACUGAGUGGGAGACUCAUUUUGCUGGGCAGCAGACUCAGUUUAAGAUUCUCAGCUUAUAUCCAGGACACAAAUACCUUGUCCAGGUUCGCUGCAAGCCAGACCAUGGAUUCUGGAGUGAGUGGAGCCCAGAGAGCUCCAUCCAGAUACCUAAUGAUGUCACCAUGAAAGAUACCAUUGUGUGGAUCUUUGUGGCCGUUCUUUCUGCUGUUAUUUGUCUGAUUAUGGUCGCAGCUGUGGCUUUGAAAGGCCAUAGCAUGGUGACCUGCAUCCUUCCACCAGUUCCUGGGCCAAAAAUAAAAGGAUUUGAUGCUCAUCUGCUGGAGAAGGGCAAGUCUGAGGAACUGCUGAGUGCCCUGGGGUGCCAAGACUUCCCUCCCACUUCUGACUGUGAGGACUUGCUGGUGGAGUUUUUAGAAGUGGAUGACAGCGAGGACCAGCAGCUGAUGCCAGCCCAUUCAAAACACCCGGAUCAAGAUAUGAAGCCCACACCCCUGGAUCCAGACAGCGACUCUGGCCGGGGCAGCUGCGACAGCCCUUCCUUUUUGUCUAAAAAGUGUGAGGAAGCCCGGGCAAAUCCCUCCACGUGUAACAUUCCUGAGGGCAUUGAGAAGCCAGAGAAUCCCCAAACAAAGGUUACCUGCACUUGGGAUGCCCAGAGCACACGCUUGGAAGGCAAGAUCCCCUAUUUCCCUGCCGACGGAUCCAAAUCCUCAACCUGGCCUUUACCACAGCCUCCCAGCCAGCACAGCCCCAGAUCUUCUUACCACAACAUUGCUGAUGUGUGUAAGCUGGCUGUGGGCACGGCAGGGGCAUCGGCCGCUUUGUUGGGCAAAACAGACGCACACGCUUUAAGAUCUUCAAAAACCACUGAGACUGGAGGGGAGGAAAAGGCAGCUGAGCGGAGAGAAGUAGAAAGCUUCCAUUCCAAGACUGACCAAGGCACAGCAUGGCUGUUACCCCUGGAGAAAACCCCUUUGAUCUCUGUGAAACCCUUGGAUUACGUGGAGAUUCACAAGGUUAACAAAGAUGGAGCACUGUCAUUGCUCCCAAAACACAAAGAGAACAGCAACCAGCCAGAGAAGCCCAGUCCUCCUGAAGCCAGUAAGGAGUACGCUAAGGUGUCCAGGGUGAUGGAUAACAACAUCCUGGUGUUAGUGCAGGAUCCGCGAGCUCAGAACCUGGCUGCGUUGGAAGAACCAGCCAAGGAGGCUCCGCCAUCUCUUCAAGAGAAUCCAGCCGAAGAAGACCUGGCUUCCUUCACCUCGGCCCCAAGCAGCUGCGGACUCCAGCUGGGUGGGUUGGAUUACCUGGAUCCCACGUGUUUUAUGCACUCCUUUCAGUGAUAGUUUGAUUAACGGAAUGAUUGGUUAAAAUGUGAUUUCUUUUCAGGUAACACUACAGAGUACAGGAAAUGUACCCUACUAGAGAAUGCUCAAGAAUGUGGUUAGGAUGACACUAUACAGCCCAUAGUUCACUCCUCAUGCUCCAUUUUCAACCAGCUGCCUUUCUCCAACAGUUGAUUCCAGAACAAAUUGUUUUGUUUCCUGUGAUUUGUAGAUUGACUUUUUUUUGCUCUUAGUUAUAAAAUUAUGUGUUCAAUGAAAUAAAAGUACAUCGUUUAGUAUUUUUGAGGGACAGUGCCAAUAGGUAUAUCCUCUGGAAGGGGCUUUCAUGGUUUGGUAUGUGACCGAAG